AAGCGCUCUGGGGAGGUCCUGUCCCUAGGGGGCGGAGCGCAGGGGACCGAGGCUCCCGCUCCGUGUCGGGGCAGAGUCCCGCGGAGCACCAGCGCUGCCGAGGCUGCGGGCGGGACGGCGCGCCUGGCGGCAAAGCAGGCGCACUGAAGGAAGGUCGGCCAGUCCUCCGCCCAGCUCGGCCCCGCUCGCUUUCUGCUCACGUCGGCGGACCUGCGGAAGGGAGGCUCGAACGCGCCAAGCCGGCGCUCCGAGGAGCCCCGCAGCCCCGUCGAGGAGAGAGCGAGGUCCUGUUGGCUGCGCGCCCUGCAGACGCCUGCUGUCUCGGGAGCGCGCCCACCGACCCCCAGCUGCCGGCUCGGAACCCGACAAGCGCGCACCAUGAGCGGCGGCGAAGUGGUCUGCUCGGGGUGGCUCCGCAAGUCUCCCCCGGAGAAAAAGUUAAAGCGUUAUGCAUGGAAAAGGAGGUGGUUUGUGUUACGCAGUGGCCGUUUGACUGGAGAUCCAGAUGUCCUGGAGUAUUACAAAAAUGAUCAUGCCAAGAAGCCCAUCCGUAUCAUCGAUUUAAAUUUGUGUCAGCAAGUCGAUGCUGGAUUGACAUUUAACAAAAAGGAAUUUGAAAACAGCUUCAUUUUUGAUAUCAACACUAUUGACCGGAUUUUCUACUUGGUAGCAGACAGUGAGGAGGAGAUGAAUAAGUGGGUCCGCUGUAUUUGUGAUAUCUGUGGGUUUAAUCCUACAGAAGAAGAUCCCGUGAAGCCACCUUGCGGCUCCGUGCAAGCAUCAGCUGAUUCACCUUUUGCUAUAAAUACGGCACCACCAUCUGCCCAGGUGGAUCCAUCCUCCACAGCUCUACCUCCUUCCUAUCAGCUAAUCAGCCUUCCACCACACCCGGAAACUCUUGGCAUCCAGGAGGAUCCUCAAGACUACCUCUUGCUGAUCAACUGUCAAAGCAAGAAGCCUGAACCCACCAGCCAUGGGUCAUCUUUUGUUUCUGAAGAAGGAGAGGAAUACCUACUACUAGAAGAUUUUGAAAGCAAAACGAUUCCAUUGCAAACCCACGCCGAUUCUGCAAAAUUCACCUCUUCUGAAACAGACUGCAAUGAUAACGUCCCUUCUCAUAAAAAUCCUACUUCUUCCCAGAGCAAACAUGGAACAAAUGGCCUUUUUCAGCAACAAAUGAUGUGUGAUUCUCCACCGUCACGUGCUAUGUCUGUCUCUGUGGACUCCAGUCUUUACAACCUGCCCAGGAGUUACUCUCACGACGUUUUGCCAAAGGGGUCUCCAUCGAGUACUGAAGCAGAUGGAGAACUUUAUGUUUUUAACACCCCACUGGGGACAUCCAGUGUAGAGACUCAAAUGAGGCACGUUUCUAUUAGUUAUGACAUUCCUCCAACACCUGGUAAUACUUACCAGAUUCCACGGACAUUUCCAGAAGGAACCUUGGGACAGACAUCCAAGCUAGACAAUAUUCCAGAUAUCCCUCCACCUCGGCCACCGAAACCACAUCCAGCUCAUGACCGAUCUCCUGUGGAAAUGUGCAACAUCCCUCGCACGGCUUCAGACACUGACAGUAGUUACUGUGUCCCUACCACAGGGGUGCCGCCGUCACGUAGUAAUACCAUUUCCACCGUGGAUUUGAACAAAUUGCGAAAAGAUGCUAGUUCUCAAGACUGCUAUGAUAUUCCACGAACAUUUCCCAGCGAUAGAUCUAGUUCACUUGAAGGCUUCCAUAACCACUUCAAAAUCAAAAAUGUGUUGACAGUGGGAAGUGUUUCAAAUGAUGAACUGAAUGAAAACUACGUCCCAAUGAAUCCCAACUCGCCUCCACGACAGCAUUCCAGCAGUUUCACAGAACCUAUUCAGGAAGCCAAUUAUGUGCCAAUGACUCCGGGGACAUUUGAUUUUUCUUCAUUUGGAAUGCAAGUGCCUCCUCCUGCUCAUAUGGGCUUCAGGUCCAGCCCAAAGACCCCUCCCAGAAGGCCAGUUCCUGUUGCAGACUGUGAGCCACCCCCAGUGGAUAGGAACCUCAAGCCCGACAGAAAAGGUCAAAGUCCUAAAAUUUUAAGACCCAAACCCCAUGGUUUAGAGCGAACUGAUUCACAAACCAUAGGUGACUUUGCUACAAGAAGAAAGGCCAAGCCUGCACCUUUAGAAAUAAAACCUUUGCCAGAAUGGGAAGAAUUUCAAGCUCCAGUUAGAUCUCCCAUCACGAGGAGUUUUGCUCGAGACUCCUCUAGGUUUCCCUUGUCCCCACGACCGGAUUCAGUGCACAGCACAACGUCAAGCAGUGACUCACAUGACAGCGAGGAGAAUUAUGUGCCCAUGAACCCCAACCUGUCCAGCGAAGAUCCAAAUCUUUUUGGCAGUAAUAGCCUUGAUGGAGGAAGCAGUCCUAUGAUCAAGCCCAAAGGAGACAAGCAGGUGGAGUAUCUUGAUCUAGAUUUAGAUUCUGGGAAGUCCACACCACCGCGGAAGCAAAAGAGCAGUGGCUCAGGAAGCAGUGUGGCGGAUGAGAGAGUGGAUUAUGUCGUGGUUGACCAGCAGAAGACCCUGGCUCUGAAGAGUACCCGAGAGGCCUGGACGGAUGGAAGACAGUCCACGGAAUCAGAAACACCAACCAAGGGUGUGAAGUGAACAUAUCACCUUGAACAAAAGAGAACCAAAUGUAGAGAGAAAUCCUGUUUGAAGAGGACGCUAACUAGAUCCUCAAGUGAACAGAGUUGAAGUCAAGGGACUUGUCACACAUAAUCAAGCAGUUGGGAUUGGAAAUGGUGCUUUGUGGUAUCUGAACAAUUUGUAACAUGUAAAUAAUGUGGAAAAAUAGUCGCAUUUAGCUCCCAGAGAAACAUUGGUCCCGUAGUUAACACAUUUGUAGUAUUACUGUAUUUAUGUACUUUUUCAUUUAAAACGUUGGUUUGGGUCUUCUCGAUGAACCUUAGUGGAAUUCCUUUGGGAGUUCCUGGUUUUUUUUUUCCUCACACUACUCUCUAUAACAAUACUAAGUUAACUAAGCUACUUUUAGAUCUGGAAAUUGCUGUUGAAACUACAGUCUAACAACGUGAAAAUGAGAAGUAGGAUCCCAAAUUAGCUUUCUACCUGACAUCACAGGUGGUAACCAUUAGCUUGAACUACCAAGUCCUCCACUGCCUUUCAGUAUGCUGAGGAUAGUGUAUAUAUUGGUGUCAGGACCUAGUUCUCCGGUUCAUGUACAUUUAGUUUUUAAUGGAGGGACUUUGUUGUAUUUUGUUAAUGACAGUGUUUUUGGUUCAUUGAGUGAAGAUUCUGCCGGGUGGGAUCUUGCACCUUUGAAAGACUGAAUAUAAAUUACACUAUCAAGUAACCCUGAAAAUCAUUGACAGCGUGCAGUGAUGACAUGCUCUUACGCUUGUUAACAUGUAUUGAGCAUUACUUGCAAAAGGUAGAUAAUAUAACUAAUCAGGUACGUACCGGGCACUGAAGUGCUAAUACACUGAUCAGGUUUAGACAAUGAGCUUUAGUUGUGUUGUUCUUCAUCCUAAUAUUGGUUUCCAGUGUGGAGUUAAGGAAACAGUUGACAUUCACUGUUAGUAAUAGCAACAUACUGUGAUUCUUAAUUAGACAGUAAUUGAGAUUUAUUACUCUUAAGAAUGAAAUUCUAUCUUUUGACACCAUAGUGCCCUUUCUAUGAUUUUAUUUUACUUAAUAUUCUUCUUGGCCUUAUAUUUAAAUUCCUAUGCAAUUAAUGUUUUAUAUCUUCAUUUUUUAAAAAAAUAGAUGUUAUAUUAGUGAUUCUCAUGUAGUACCUGUUGUUUUUCCAGUAAAAGAAUUUAGGAUUUUGUACUGUGAUUUUCUUCACUGCCCCUGUUCGUGAAAUAUCAGAGCCUUGCUGUAAUGUGAAGUCUUCUACCCACGGACCCCUUCCAACCAGAUUUCCAAAACCACCAGAGGAAUGGCAUAAUUCUGUCUCACCUAUAACAUGGUCCUGUGUCACAGAUGUCAAGACCACAAACUGUUGUGAGACUACAGUUAUAUUCAUCUUUCUUGGCUUUGCAACACACUUUAGAAAACAGAUAUAGUUGUUUGGGGUUCUUUUUUAUUACCUAAGUCACGGACAGUCUCUUAUGUAUUGAUUUCAGACUUACAGCUUUUGGGGGGGGGGCAUUGAAAUGGGGUGCCCACCACUGAGGCACAACCCACUCCAUUCAGACCUCUCACUGUUGCCUGAGUACACAGAUGUGCCCUGAUUUCUGGCCCUUUGGCCCUAGUACUGUGCCUGAUCCAUGUGCUGGGUUAACUUCCCAGUCCACAAACUAUGUGCUAAUUACAAGAUGAAUUAUAGACUAGUAAUAUGUGAUGCUUUUAAAUGUUUGCUUUAUUUUAAACAAAAACUAAAACCCAGAACUGAAUUUUGAGGUGGAUUUUUAAAUAAAAAAAGAUCUGUUUGA